GUUUCUCCGUUGAUUGCUCGGAUCCGUGAUCGAAUGGUCCCGCGCGUGCUUCAUCAUAAUCACGGCAAGCGGCACGGCAUGUCAAGCAAGAAGAGCCUCCCACCGAUAAGAGGAACGAUCAAGGGAACCUUACACUCACCAAUUCUUCGUCCCUACGAGAAUUACCGCAUCAAAUCGACAUGCCUAUCGUCAGCACUACUAUCGAGAUUGCUGCUGCCCCAGCCAAAGUCCGCGAAAUCUUUCUCGACUUCGACAGCUAUCCCGAAUGGUCUAAGUCCUUCUUUCAGAGCAUCAUUGUCACGCCCCGGAAGACUGGUGAAAUCAAUCAGGGGGAUCAGCUCAAGGUCGUUCUUCCUGGGGCUACGUUCAAGCCGGUCGUCCUGACUAAUACUCCUUCAGUCUUUUGCUGGCGAGGCAGCAUCCCCUACAUAUUCAGCGGGGACCAUUCGUUCCAAUUCAACCCUUCCCAGAGCACCCCCGGACAUACCACCUUUGUCCACGGAGAGGACUUUUCCGGGAUGCUGUCUUUCCUCGUCGGACCGACUUGGUCUAUGGGAAAGUCUACUCGGGACAACUAUGAGAAAUAUAAUGUGGAGUUGAAGGCAAGGGUUGAGGGGAAGUCUUUCUCUGGCUAGGAGUAGGCGGGAAGGGGAACGGGACGGUCGUUAUCUUUUGUAGCUUAUGCGCCUGGCAGAAGAUGGCUUCGCAACGGGGACCAUUCCUUUUUGCUUCUUGUGAAUGGGUUCUCACUAUCUCUCCAAAGCUUCAUGUGCUCAUAUGCCGUGGCAUACUUGUCCUUCGACUACAUCAGCUACGUUAGUACGUUAGUACCC